GGACAGCUGGAUUCGAUUCAGUCUCGGUGUGACCAUGGUGGCUCUUUCACCUACUCCAGGGGACUUCGUUUGUGUGUGUGCUUAGUUUUUUUUAUAGCAAGUUUCGGUCCUCGAUUCGGAAAGUUUCCCAGGGUUCGCAAACUCAGUUUUCCAGGGUUUUUCGUUGUUUCGAUACCCUCAACGAAAACGGCGCUUGAAGAAAUGGGUCAAAUCGGGAAAGUUCCUGAAAUGCUUGGAGGAUAUAGUUUUAUAGAAAAUGCGGAAUUCACGGCUCUCACGACGAAAGACAAUUUUGAUGGAGGCGGCCAAGAGUGCAACGGUCAUCGCCAGAAGCGGGAUAUCCCGAGUCUCGAUCAUAUAGCACUCGCCAUGUCCAGCCACACCAGUUAUUUGCAAGUUUUCCUUCGUAUGCACAAUCAUGUUUUGAAAGGAGACGGUCCAUUGUCGUACGAAAUUCGCCACUUCGUUGCUAUGAUGCUUUCAAACAGUGCUGUGGUCACGAGCAUAAACAAGGCUUACCUUGCCCUACUCAUAGACUUGUCACCGCCGGUUUCCUCAACCGACCUGAAAUUUUUACGAGGCCUCUUUGACGUCUUGGAACGCUUUCUGAACAAGAUCAUGGCACACCAACCCUGGCUGAUCACGAAACAAAUGAUUCGGGAUUUGGUGGUGAGCAAGAGCUGGUGCUUGAACGAACUUGUACACGCGAUUGUGAUCUUGAGUCACUUCCAUUCCUUGUCGAGUUUCAUCUACGGGACUGGGAUCGAAGAGAUGGAGUGUGUUGGUGGGAAACCUUCGUCUGCGGGAUGCCUCAUUCAUGAACACGAGCGAGAACCUUCGCUGGAAAAUGAAGGGAAAGUGCCCGAGCAAAUCCGCUACUUGAUGGACCAGAUGAAAUCCCUUUCUGAGUCCGAGUGCGAGUGGGAAGACGAUCCCGAGGAGCGAAACAAGCGGUUUGCGUCCGUCAUCGAGUCGGAGGAGACCAACCCUUCUGGGCCACCGACGCCCGCCCCGCAACAGCAGGCCAACAAUAAGAAGCCGCCUUUACCUAUCGCUGCGCGUCAGGUGGUGAAAAAGGGCUCAGACGCCCUGGCGCUGUUCACGGUGGAUCGCGACUUUGUCUACCAAGACUUCGUCGGCAGGAACCAACCCGCCGUGUGUCCUACUCUCCGAAUCCAGGACUGUUCGUGGGAGGACCAGGGGUUUAGCCUGUUGAGUCGCCUGUACUCCGACGUGAGCAGCGUUUACUUAGAUGAUAAGCACCGCACAGCGUACAACCUUACGUACAAUACCCUGUCCACCAUCCGAAAUGUAGACACAUCCAAGUUCCGCCGCGCCGUCUGGAACUACAUCUUGUGCCUCUACGGCAUCAGACAUGAUGAUUACAAUUACCAGGAGGUCAACCAGUUGUUGUCUAGGGAGCUUAAAACUUUCAUUAAACGAGCUUGCUGCUGUCCGGAGAGAUUGUCCGGUGACGACCUGCGCUAUGCCAUGGCUGAACUCCAGUAUUCUGAAAAGGUGCACGUGUUGCUGAUGGUUAUGGAGGCGAGAAUGGAAGCAGAGCUGCUGUAUGCCCUGAGGGCAGUGAUGCAGCAUCUGACCUAAUGAUUGGAGUCCCAUGCCUUGCGGCAAGAGGAGAAACAGGCCGGAAGAAGAAAAGAAUUCUGUCGUCCGAGAAGAGCAGGAGGAGGAGGAACAAAUUGGAUUGGAUGAAGAAACAAGCGCACCGGCGUGUUUCCAAACAAAGCAAGCGAAAGCGCCUUUCGUUUUUGUUUUUUUUUUGCCUGGCGUCAUGAUGACUUUCCUUAACUCGCUUCGGUUUCUGUUAGAGGUAUUAAUCAGAUCAAGGCAUCUGAGUUUCGGGAGGAAACUGGCGGCAGUGUGGACGGAUGCUUCCGUGUGCGGGGGUGGUAUGGGUGAUCUUUUGAUUUUCUGCGAAUGGAGACGUUGUCAACGUUAAUGUGAUAGAGGUUUCCGCUGGAUUCGAGAAGGGCGGUCUCGGGGGGGAUGACGAAAAACCCCGUUGCUUUUUUUUAUUUCUUACGCAGUUGUGGAACGCGAAUUUGAAAGUUUUUUUUUUUUCGUUUGGCCAGUGUGUGAGACGCGUUUAUUAUUUGUAACCCGCUUCCAUGCUUGGCGCCUCUCCGAAAACGGACGACGGGUUUUUCAAGAGGAAUUCGAGUGAGAACCCCCGAUCCCGAUCUUUGCUCUGUCUUCUAAUUUUGUUUUCAGUUUUUUUGCAUGUAAGUUUUUUUCAUGGAUUCGUUUGUAUGUGAUACGUUCUUGGUUGCGCUGGCCAGAAGUCCCACUCAGGGAGGCAGCUAGGCGGCCGUGGUCUUGUAUACGGGGACACGUUCCCUCCUUUUCGUUUUGGCUUGUGCUACGACUUUUUGACUCUGUUCAUCACCACUCCGCUUCUUCUGUCUCGAGUGCUCACUUGCUUGUUCCAUCUAUGUCUCGUCUCAAGGCUUUCAACAGUAUGGAAUCAUUGAGAAAUACACGAGCGAAGUUUCUGCGGAAAUCCUGCUCCUUCCUUAUUUGAGCAUAUUUUUUUUCUUUCCCCCAUUGCACUGUUUUUGAACCCAUCCAAUCGACGAAGUAUUUCUGGAUUUAACACUUUAUCUUUGCACGUGUGUCAUUCUCCUUUGUCGACUUACAUUUAUUUUUGUUUUGACAAUACAAGAAAAGCAUAUCAUGUG